GUUUAUUACAGUUGUGUCCUCUCGCUGAACCGCGCCCUUCUCGGAGCUAGCGUAGUUUGGCGUUGGAAUGUACCAUUGUGUCAACACAGCGGGAAGGAUUUUUUGUUGUGACAGCGGAGUCGCAACCCGGCGGUGAGACUCGUCCCACUUGUAGGUCAUUGCAUCCGGCGUCAACAAUGGCCUUCAGCAAAGGUUAUCGUGUCUACCACAAGCUGGACCCGCCCCCCUACAGCGUGAUUGUGGAGACGCGCGCUCGGGAAGAGUGCCUCAUGUUUGAAUCCGGCGCCGUCGCCGUCCUCUCUGCGGCUGAGAAGGAGGCCAUUAAGAACACGUAUUCCAAGAUAGUGGACGCCUACGGGAUCUUGGGCGUCCUCCGCCUCAACCUGGGCGACUCCAUGCUCCACAGCCUAGUGCUAGUGACGGGCUGCAGCUCGGUGGGCAAAGUGCAGGAGUCUGAAGUGUUCCGGGUGACGCAGACGGACUUUGUGUCGCUGAAGAACGACCCCGGCGACGAGGAACGUAUCGGCGAGGUGCGCAAGGUGCUCAACUCGGGUCACUUCUACUUUGCCUGGUCCGCCUCGGGCGUCGGCAUGGACUUGAGCCUCAACGCGCGCCGCCGCAUCCUGGAGGACACCACAGACAACCGCUUCUUCUGGAACCAGUCGCUGCACCUGCACCUGAAGCAUUACGGCGUCAACUGCGACGACUGGCUGCUGCGGCUGAUGUGCGGCGGGGUGGAGAUCCGGACGAUCUACGCCGGCCACAAGCAGGCCAAGGCGUGCAUCUUCUCCCGCCUCAGCUCUGAGCGGGCCGGCACGCGCUUCAACGUGCGCGGCACCAACGACGACGGGCAGGUGGCCAACUUUGUGGAGACCGAGCAGGCCAUCUUCCUUGAUGACAGAGUGUCGUCGUUCAUCCAGAUCCGCGGCUCCAUUCCGCUCUUUUGGGAACAGCCGGGGAUCCAGAAAAAGACCCUUAAAGGGGUUAUGUUGUACCUGAACGACAAUCGGCAACCCGGUCGACGCCAAGGCAAACCCCACUUGGUCGGCUCUCACCGCGUCAAACUCUCCCGAGGAUUUGAAGCCAACGCUCCAGCCUUUGAAAGACACUUCACCGCCUUGAAGAGGUUGUACGGCAAGCAAGCGAUCAUCAAUCUGCUCGGCAGUAAGGAAGGAGAACACAUGCUCAGUAAAGCCUUUCAGAGUCACCUGAAGGCCUCGGAGCACGCGGCGUGGGUCAAGAUGGUCAACUUCGACUACCACCAGAACGUGCGCGGCGGCAAAGCCGACAAGCUGCACAGCGUGCUCAAGCCGCAGCUUAGCAAGUUCCUGGACGACUGCGGCUUCUUCUACUACUCGGGAGAGAUGGGCAUCACCAGGAGCCAAGGUGGCACCAUCAGGACCAACUGCCUGGACUGUUUGGACAGAACCAACAGCGUGCAAGCCUUCUUUGCCCUGGAGGUGCUGCCCAAGCAACUGGAGGAAAUGGGCUUGACGGAGAAGCCUCAGCUGGUGGCCCGCUUCCAGGAGGUGUUCCGGACCAUGUGGUCAGCCAACGGUGACUCGGUCAGCAAGAUCUACGCCGGCACCGGCGCCCUAGACGGCAAGGCCAAGGCAAGCAAGUUGAAAGACGGCGCUCGCUCGGUGACCAGGACCAUCCAGAACAACUUCUUUGACAGCUCCAAGCAGGAAGCCAUCGACAUCCUGCGACUGGGCUCCACGCUCAACAGCGACCUGGCCGACAAGGCGCGGGCCUUGCUCACCACUUCCAGCCUCUACGUCACUGAGCCCGUCUUGCAGUCAGCCUCGCCCCGAGUGCUGCUAGGUAUGUGCCGGAACCACCGCAAGUACACCCGGCCCAAGCCGAUCCGAGUGUGCGUGGGCACGUGGAACGUCAACGGCGGCAAGCAGUUCCGUAGCAUCGCCUUCCGGAACCAGACCCUCAACGACUGGCUGCUGGACGCCCCCAAGAUCGCCGGCCUCCCCGAGUUCCAAGACAGCAAAGCCAACCCGAUCGACAUCUUUGCCAUCGGCUUUGAGGAAAUGGUGGAGCUGAACGCUGGAAACAUCGUCAGCGCCAGCACCACCAACCAGAAGCUGUGGGCCGCCGAGUUGCAGAAGAACAUCUCGCGGGACCACAAGUAUGUGCUGCUGGCUUCCGAGCAGCUGGUGGGCGUGUGCUUGUUCGUGUUCAUCCGCCCCCAGCACGCCCCCUUCAUCAGGGACGUGGCAGUGGACACGGUGAAGACGGGCAUGGGCGGCGCCACGGGGAACAAAGGCGGCGUGGCCAUCCGCCUGCUCUUCCACACCACCAGCAUCUGCUUCGUGUGCUCGCAUUUUGCCGCGGGACAGUCGCAGGUCAAGGAGAGGAACGACGACUACAACGAGAUCACGCGCAGGCUCAGCUUCCCCAUGGGACGCCUGCUCUACUCUCACGACUACGUUUUCUGGUGCGGCGACUUCAACUACCGCAUCAACCUGCCCAACGAGGAGGUGAAGGAGCUGAUCAGGCAACAGAACUGGGAUGCGCUGACCGCUGGCGACCAGCUCUUUGACCAGAAGAACGCCGGACUGGUGUUCCGGGGAUUCAUCGAGGGUAAACUGGACUUUGCGCCCACGUACAAGUACGACCUUUUCUCGGAGGACUACGACACCAGCGAGAAGUGCCGCACGCCCGCCUGGACCGAUCGGAUCCUGUGGAAGCGCAGGAAGUGGAACUUUGACCAAACAGCUGAGGAGAUGAACGUGGUUGGCGCUUCGACGUCAGGCGAAAACGAGGACGACCCGGAUUACCCCUGGAGCCCCGGGACCCUCAAGUACUACGGCAGGGCUGAGCUCAAGACCUCGGACCACAGGCCGGUGGUGUCCAUCGUUGAUGUGGAUGUCCUGGAGGUGGACCCGGAGGCCCGGCACCAGGUCUACAAGGACGUUAUUGCCCUGCAGGGACCCCCGGACGGCACGGUCCUGGUGUCGCUGUGCUCGUCCGGACCCGACGACUACUUUGACGAUGCGCUCAUCGACGAGCUGCUCGACAAGUUUGCCAGCUUCGGCGAGGUCAUCCUCAUCAGAUUUCUUGAGGAGAAGAUGUGGGUGACGUUCCUGGACGGUUACUCCGCUCUGGCCGCUUUGUCUCUCAGCGCAUCCACCGUUCUUGGCAAGAUGCUCGACAUCCGCCUGAAGAGCCCCGGCUGGAUUAAGAGCCUGGAGGAGGAGAUGAGCGUGGAGCGCAUCUGCGGCAGCAUCCCCACCUCGGCUAGCUCCACCCUCCUGGCCGAAGACGCCGACAUGGGCGACGACGACUAUGACAUGGAGGGCGACGUGGACGAGGAGGUGGAGGCGGUCCUUCCGCAGCACCUGCAGCCGUCCGCCGACUCGGCGUCGGGUUCCUCCCCGAUGACCUCGCCGCGAGGCAGCCCCUGCGCCUCCCCCACCCACGGCGAGGCCGGCAGGCCCGGACGCACCGCUCAACCGGCCCGACCCUCACAAGGCCCUCCUGCAGACCUGCAGCCCGGCGCGCCGUCGUCCCAAGGCUUGGAGCCCAGGCGUGCGCCCCCUCCCCGACCCAACGCGCCCCCCGUGAGACCCACGCCGCCCCAGCGCCCGCCGCCCCCCUCAGGUCGAGGCCAGGCAACCGCAGGCCCCCCCGCAGCGGCAGGUGCCUCCAGGCCGAAUCUUCCCCCUCGAGCCGGCGUGAUCAGCGUGGCUUCGCAGUCUCGUGCCUCUCCUCUUCCCCACCCGGGCGCUCCCCGCCCCACCUCUGACGUGCACCCGGGGGCCCCUCAAGUCACCGCCGACACCCACCCCGGGGCGCCUCGACCGACCAAACCGUCUGAUCUUCCUCUAGCGGGUCCCGCGCUGCCCACGGUGGCCCCUGCGGCGAGACCGUCGGCACAGCCCCAGCCCACCGGCCCGACCCAGUCUCAGCUGCCUCCCCCCAUGCAGCCCACGCACGCCGCCCCGCCGCAGACGCUGGCUUCUCCUAAGCCACCGCCCCGUUCCCGAUCUCAUCAUGGUCUGCCGCCGGACGCCGCCAAGGGCGACUCGGCCCCCAAGACCAACGGAGUGAAUGGCGUCCAAUCCAAGCCCAAGGGCCCGGACGCCCUCGACUUCCUGAUCCCUUCCCGAUCCCUGAACCGCGGCGCCUCCCUGCGGAGUCCGCCCUCCGUCCCCGCCUCCUUAUCGUCCUGGAUGUCCGCCGGCCUCCUCCCGCCGCCGCCCGCUAUGCCCCGCAGUCGCUCGCAAGAGACUCUGCGCGCCUCCCCAAACCUUUUGGCCGCCGAGCCGCUCCCCGCCCGGCCCUGCAGCACCAACCCGUUUUUUGGCCAGCACGAUUGGGCGCCGCCCGCCCGCGCCACAGUUGGCCCUCUGCGCCUUUCCCGGGGCGCGUCCCCGAUCACGCUCUCUUCGGCCGCGCAACCCGUCCUGCCGCUCCACCGCCAGCCUCCUAAUUGGGUCACCUUCAACGACGACUUCCCGCUUCCGGUCGGCCGCGCUGCCGCGACCCCCAGCUCCGCCGCCCUCACCGAACCGGACUGGGUAACUGAAGCUGUGGUCCCGUCUGCCCCUCCCCUCGAAUUUGACCUUUUUCCUGAGCCGGACUGGUUAAACCCUUCCCCGGCCUUCCCCGCGCACCGGGCCAAAACUCUGCCCCCUAACACGGCCCUCUUUCCCGAACCCGACUGGUUAAACUCCAUCCCGGGCGUUCCUCCUCCAGUCCCGUCGCGCUCCGGCGCCGCCGUCUCCAACCCCCCCAGUGGAUCCGGUCCCGGCUGCCUCUUCUUUCCCAACUGAACGCUGAUGGAGAUGGAGCCAUGAUAGACGUAGAGAGAUGUAUACAGUAUAUGUGUGUGUUUGCGUGAGAGUAUUUAAGACGAGCCGGAACGUGUGCGCCCAUUUUAGUCCCUUGAUUUAAAUGAUCCAUUUUUUUUUUUUUUUUUAAAUGAGCUGUGGCGCCUCUGCACACUUUUAUCAAGGUCAGUUUCUGUGCUUCCCAACAUUUACAGCGGUGUCUCGAGAUGAGAGAUUAGUUCGCCGACCGCACGCAUGUCGUAAAACACGAAUCUCAUUUAUCGAAAUGAAGGCUAAUGCAAUCUGUUGUUUUUGAUUUUAUAUUAAGAGUACUUGGUACAGUCAAAACAUUCGCUCGCACAUAACCUGAAAACUGAGAAACCGCAAGCACAACUUUUGCAAAUGUUUUGUCCUUUUUUUUUGUUCCAUGGUGUUAUCGGCGAUUAGCAAAGCAGAUAAAAGGCACGUUAGCGCCACCUUAUACUGCCCUUCCACUAAUCCAAAUAAAAAUGUAUCCAAGCCACGGCUCGUAUUGCAAAAGCAUCUCGAGGGACCGUUGUAUGCUGAAAGGACCACUCCAUUUCCUUGCAAAUUGACACACUUGUACUUUCUGCCAUCCCAUGGAAGAGAGUUAUCACUAUACAUCACCGUGAACUUGUUUGCAGGCAAGUUCUGUGUGUCCAAUAUCUGCGCACCUGUCAACACGGGGCCAAAGGUCACGCUGGGCUCGCACCGCCCGUGAAUGUACAUCAACGGCGCAGUUUGCCUAUACAGACUUGCUUAUGUGAAAAUCCCACGUGUGUUUGCGUACUAUUUGACUGCCCCCUGUCAAAAGCGGCACGCUUUAAAAUUCCAGCCAACUAGUGGAUGUGGCGUGAUGUGUGUGUUUACAGGGUGUUUUUUCUGUAUGUCAUUAGUGUCGUGUGUGUUUGAACCCGCAACUAGAAAUUGUCUUCAUUUUCCGGCCUCGGUUGGAAAUCAUGUGAACCAGAGUUUACUGCAAAUAUGACCAAAUUCUAAUUCUGUUUGAAUCUAAACCAUUCGCCACUCGAAAGGCAUCACGUGUGUGUGGAGUAGAAAAAAAAAAGUACAUAUCUAUAGAAAUAUAUAUAAAUAUAGGUCCUACUAUCCACAAGCCAGCAGCUUAUCUCUUGUCGCAUUUGAGAUUUUACAUGCCACUCUGACUUUGUGAGGUCGGUGUCCUCCCUCUCCACUUUAAUUAAUGGCCGUAAUCCAUAGUAAUAGUAACUGAGUCUGUGCCAGUGAACAUUCUAUGUAUAAAAAAAAAAAGAGCAAAGUUAUGUUUAUAUCCGUAAAUAUUCCAGAUUUAA